CUUGUUUUCUUUCCUGCUGGCCUUACUCCAUGCGGCAUCCGCCACCCGCCACCCGCCAUGGAGCUGCGCUGCUUCGGCAUCUCGGGCGACUUGGUGGCCACCGUGACGGACGGAGCGUCCGGUCAGGCGCUCCGCUGUCAGCUCUCCAAGCAGUUGCAGAUCCCGCGACAGAGGCUCCGCGUGGUCGACAUGGAACGUCCCGAUGAGGUGCAGGUGGUGAUUCUGCCGUUAUGCCAUGGAGAGAUUCAUGAGUUGGUUCAAGCCGUGGAAGAGAAUGAUCACCUGGCAGCACAAGUCUUGCUGGAGAACUUGCAGGACCCCAAUGACUUCGAUGGCACUCGGACGCCACUGCAGGCGGCAGCACGCUUGGGCGAUACGGAUGGCGCCCUGCUGCUGCUCGAGGCGGGCGCCCGGUUGGACCUGCCCGAUGCGCAAGGGCGCACGCCGUUGAUGCUGGCGGUGUCCAUGAACAUGGUGGACAUGGUGCAGUGCCUUCUCAGCCAGCGCGCGGAUGCGAACCAGGCAGACGAGGAUGGCAAGACACCUCUCAUGAUCGCAGCCACCCGUGAUGCCCGCGAUUUGCUCGAGUGCCUCAUCCAAUUUGGCUCUGACCUGGAUCUUUGCGACAAGGAUGGCUACUCGGCGCUCUCCUUGGCCUCGGUCUUUGGGCAUUUGCAGGUGGCAAAGCAGUUGAUCCGUGCGAAGGCACAGCUGUCCAAGUCCGAUAGCGAUGGCUUCACCCCACUCAUGGUGGCCUGCGUGAACGACCAUGAGGACAUCGCCCACGCCUUGAUUCUGGCGCGUGCGGGCAUGGAGCCUGGAUGCCUGGGACCUUCGCCGGUGGCUGUCGCGUAUGAAAGCAAUUGCUUUGAUUUGGUGAAGCAAUUGCUGGAAGAACGUGCUGAUGCGAAUGCCGUGGACGAGCACGGGAUGUCUCCCUUCAUGUCGGCCUUCCAAAACGAUGACUGGGAACUCUUGGAGUUCAUGGUGCACCUCCAAGCCGAUGUGAACCAAGCCUUGCCAGACCACCGCACUGCUUUGCUGGUGGCGUCGCAGCAUGCAGAUUUGCAAGCAGUGGAACUCUUGCUCUCUCUGAAGGCCGAUGCCAACAGCGCGCGGAAUGGGCGAAGCCCACUGAGCUAUGCUGUGGAGUCGCUCGGAGCGACCCGCCCCGUCGCCGAAGAGCGGGCUCCCCGAAGAGCGGAGAUGUUGGUUGGAGUCCACCGCAUCGGCACCGCCGGGUGACAGACCGUUGGACAACGACGCCCUGCAGCGGACCCGCACGGAAACGACGGCUUUGUGACACCGGCACAGCUGCAGCGCUCCGCCCAGCUGCAGCGGAGAGGGCCUUCCGCGCGGCCUUCCGUCGCGUCACCACGGGCCUUCCGCGCGGGUGACGCGGCAGUGCACGAGCUCAGCAGCUCAACAGCUCUGGUUGC